AUGCUGAGUCGGCUCUCACCGGCGAGCAUUCGCCGUCUAUCCUCGACAGCCAAAUGCUGUAGUGACAAAAACGAACCGGACUUUUCUGAUCCAAAAACGCUGGCUCUUCACAAAAUGUACCGUCCCGAGCGUAUCACUCCAUCCAAACGUGGAAUCGAUUUGCUCAAAUCUCCAGGGCUCAACAAAGGAAUGGCAUUCUCUCUACACGAACGUCAGUAUCUUGGAGUUCAUGGUCUUUUGCCACCUGCAUUUAUGACUGAAGAGCAACAAGCAUAUCGUAUCAUCACUAAGCUCCGUCAGCAGCCCGACAACCUGGCCAAGUACAUCCAGCUCGAUUCUCUCCAGGAUCGUAACGAGAAACUCUACUAUCGUGUCCUCUGUGAUAACGUCAAAGAGUUGAUGCCAAUUGUCUACACUCCAACUGUCGGACAAGCAUGCCAACACUUUGGAUUUAUCUACCGUAACCCAAAAGGACUUUAUGUAACUAUCAAUGACAACAGCAUCAGUAAGAUCUAUCAGAUCCUUGCCAAUUGGCACACUGAAGACGUUCGGGCUAUUGUGAUCACUGAUGGAGAACGUAUUCUUGGACUCGGAGAUCUUGGAACAUACGGAAUUGGAAUUCCAGUCGGAAAACUAUCUCUCUAUGUUGCCCUCGCUGGAAUUCGUCCAGAGUGGUGUCUUCCAGUUAUCCUGGAUGUCGGAACUGAUAACACCGAGCUGCUCAACGAUCCAUUCUACACAGGAUUGCGAAGAAAGCGUGUCCGUGGUCCAGAGUAUGACACUCUUGUUGACAACUUCAUGAAAGCAGCAACAAAACGAUUUGGAAGAGAUACUCUCAUCCAGUUCGAAGACUUUGGAAACCAGAAUGCAUACAGAUUGUUGGAUCGAUACAAGGGCGAGUAUUGUAUGUUCAAUGACGAUAUUCAAGGAACUGCUGCUGUCGUUGUUGCUGGUCUUCUUGCCUCAACACGUGUAACCAAGAAGAAGCUCUCACAAGAGAAGAUUGUGUUCUUGGGAGCUGGAGGAGCUGCCACGGGAGUUGCUGAAAUGUGUGUUCGCCAAAUGAUGGAUGAGGGUUUGACCGAAGAAGAAGCGUGUGGCCGAAUCUACAUGGUCGACAUCGAAGGACUCAUCACCACUUCUCGUAUCAAGUCUCUCGGAGAGAGACACGUGAAGUUCGCCAAAGACCUUCCUGAUACCAAAAAUCUUCUGGAAGUUGUGAGAACUGUGAAGCCAGGAGCCCUGAUCGGAGCAUCAACUGUGGCGGGAGCAUUCACAGAGGACAUCAUCAAAGAAAUGGCUAAAAACAAUCCACGCCCAAUCAUUUUUGCUCUUUCAAACCCAACUAGCAAGGCUGAAUGCACAGCGGAAACUGCUUACAGAUGCACUAAUGGAGCCGUUCUCUUUGCAUCAGGAUCUCCAUUUGAGAACGUGGAAUUGAAUGGGAAACUCUUCAAGCCGGGACAAGGAAACAACGCCUACAUCUUCCCAGGUGUGGCACUUGGAGCUGUUCUUUUCGCUGUCAAGAAUAUUCCGGAUAAGCUAUUCCUUCUUGCUGCACGUAUGGUGGCUGAGGCUGUAUCUGAGAAAUCGCUGAACACCUAUUCUCGUGUCUACCCUCGCCUCAAAGACAUUCGUGAACUUUCUGUAAAGAUUGCCGUUGAAGUUGGAGAGUAUUGUUAUCGUCACGAUUUGGCAACAUUGCAUCCAAAACCGGAAGACAUGGAAAUGUUCAUUCGCCAAAACUUAUACAGUGUUGAAUACGAUGAGCUGAUUAAUAAAACCUACGAAUGGCCAGCCAAGGAUUCGAAACACGGAUUCCCAGUUCCAGUAUUGAGAAGAACCUCAAUGGACGAAGAAUAA